CUCCAGCCUCAUUUUUUUCAAAAAAUCCCAGCCCCCUCUCGCCGGAAACUCGGCCCUUUCACCUUCUCAUUCGAUUUUCCGGCCAUAACUCCCUCUCCCGACCUCCAAAUCACAAACCGCGAGCGCCCCCACGCUCCUGGCGUCAAGGAGCACAUUCCCCAAAGAGUUGGGCUGGUUUGGCCGAGGUUGGGUCGCCGGCGGUGAGUUUUCCGGCGAGUCUCCGGUGUGUUUUCCGACGAGUCUCCGGUGUGUUUUCCGGCGACUUUGGGUGCCUUUUUCCACUUUCUUCACCUCUCUCGUGGUCUCUCCUUGCGUCUCUAGGUGUGUUCUCCUCGUAUUUUCUUUUAUUUAUGGAGAAUCGAUACCUAGAGUUAGGUGAAGAACUUCUGAUUGUGGAAUGGUUUGGGGAUAUUUGGGUUUGGGGAUGAUUGGGAUGAUUGCAUGUUGCAUGGUAUGCGUGCUGUGUGGUUGGUGUGUGAUGCCUCGGAUGGUGCUAUUUAGUACAGUUUUGGUAUGCUUGUUUCACCGGGGGCCUAGUCCACUGUCCGAAUCGCUCGAUUUGAGGGUACCCGGUGUAUUUUGCUGUGUCAUUCUUGUGUGAUGGGUAUGCUUGUUUCGCCGGGAUUCUAGUCCACUUUCCAUAUCUUUCGAUGUGAGGGCUCCCGGUGUGGUUUUGGCCUAACAUUGACCCCGUUUGCUUGUGUACCCUUUGUACUUCCUUGGGUUUUGCAGGAUCAUGGAGGUUUAUCUCGACCAGAUGAACAUCACCCAGCGCCAUAUGCUGCGGAACCUCCGUAACUGCACCAUCGCCGAGCACCUGCACCUCGAUUGGGAGGUGUUCGAGGCGCUUCAUGCCAGGCCACAGAUGGAGGCCGUGGUCCGCUCCUAUGGUUGGCGGCGUCUUCUCACCCUCGCCGAGCCGACCUACAAGGAGCUAGUCUGGGAGUUCUACGUCACCUUCCACCACAACUCGAAGGGGAACUCCGACCAUGCUGAUGCAGUCCAGUUCACACUCGGCGGGGUGGAGCACUCCCUCAGUUACUGGGAGUUCGCCAAUGCACUUCGUCUCAAUUCCCGGGCGUCCGGCGGGCCGCCCCUACGCCUGGACCUCUCUGAUCCCACCGACUUCGCGUCCCAGGCGUACUUUCAGCGCAUUUGCCUGCCGAACAGUGUGGAUGAAGAGUACGUGGCCAGCCAGACGCGGGCCGCUCUCCUCCGUCCGGAGUGGAGGAUCCUCAACCAUUUGCUCUGCACUUCCUACACACCCAACAAAGGUUCAUCCAACCGGGUCACACUCCGGACACUCUGGUUCAUGGAUGCGAUGGGUCGUUCUGAGGACACCAUCCAGCUGGGCUCUGUGCUCGCCCGCACUUUCACUAUAGCCGCCAGCAGCCUGACUCGCAGCCUUGUAUGUAGCCCGGUGAUCACCGCCUUGGCCCGCCACUUCGGGGUUGACUACACUGGGAUGACCUUUGUCCGCGGACCCACCCCGCUCAGCGAGGCCUCCCUCCGCCACCAGCACCUGGUUGCUCACCACGGGCGUGUGCACUGGAUUGCGGGCCUUCCUCAGCCACCUCUACCUGCAGCGGGCGACCAACCCGAGUCGAGUGCCGCUGGUGGGCGCCGCGUUCCCCGUCGCGCUGUCCGUCGUGACCAGGCUCCCGCGAGCCCCUCUCCUGCUCCACGGUCUCCUUCUCCAGGGUCUCCUCCUCUAGUGGUGGUGCCCAUUUCCGACCAGUUGGCGGCGAUCGCUCAGCAGAACGAGCGCAUCUUGGACGGCCAGGAGCGCAUCCACACCCGCCUUGAUCGUGAGCGGGACCGAGGGCGUCGUCUCAUGUCGGGCCAGCACUACAUUAUGUCCUACUUGGGUUUGGACCCGAACGCGGUCCACUACCCGUUCAUGCAGUCCCUAGGGUUUGAGGAUGAGUACCCUCCGCCCACUGGCGAUGGUGGUGAUGCCUUCUAGAGCUGAUUCUGUGCUUUAUUUGUGUUCCAGACUGAGACUCCAUGUUUAGUGGUUUCUUUUUGUUUUGUUUUGUUUUUUUAUCUUGGAUUGUAGACUUGGUACUCUGAUUUCUAUCCCCAGUGUGCGUGUCUUUUGUUGUCUCUAGCUCGGUGCCCGUUGGACUUGUCCUUGUCCAGUUCUCUGCUUUUGACUGGUCCGCCAUCCAGUCAACGUUCCUGACCACUGUUUCACGGUAACAUCGUUCCCCUUCCCUCUUCUCCAUUGAGGACAUUGUCGCGUUUAAGUGUGGGGGGGUUCUUUGUAUGAAUUGGAACGUAUAUAUGUGUGCUUGGAGCCUAGUCCACUGUCCAAAUCUCGAGAUUUGAGGGCUCCAAGCACGGCUGUUUGCUUGAUGUUUGAUCGUAUUGGCACUGUGGACGUGAUUAGUGAAUUGAAUGGCUUUUGACUUGAUACAUGAUAACUUGAGUGUGACUAAGAAAACUUAUUGUGAUGA